GUGAAGAAAGUGGGAAGUGCAGGGAGUACGGUGAUCCAGCUGACGCUCCCUGGAAGACAAUCGAGUGAAAUUCCCCAGAUGUCUCCUGAACAGAACAAGUGUUCAGACUCAAUUCCAGUCAUAAUCACUCUAGCUGUUCUCCUGGGGAUCGCAUCAGCUGGUCUGAUUGCCUCCAUUGUUCUCUGGAGACGAUCGAGAGCCAGUGGAGCUGCACCAGAGAUCAUCACAACAGAAUCCCGAGAAGAAAUGAGAGAAGUUGAAAGAAUGGACAGCGAUGUGAGUUCAAAUGGAGUUCCCAGACGAUCGGUGGCGUUCAAUGACACUGUGGAGGAAAUAAAAGUUGCCAAGCUGUGAUACCAUAAAUACGGGACUAAAUUGAAACGGAAAUCCGCUGGAGUCCGUUCAUUUACGUUCAACUUCCUGGGAUUUACCAUUAAAUCCGAAAGAAAAAUAGAAACAAUGAGAUUUAAAAGAAGAUUGACAAUUAAUGAUGCAAUUUUCCUCGAGAUCAUCCCACCUGGCGAUCGUUUUUGGGGCACAAUUCGUGAUCUAGAGAAGAUAGCAGAAUUUUCCUGGGGAACUUUUUGUGGAGCUAAACCAGAUCUACAAAAAAAGUCCUCACGAGAUUCCCCCAUCUCCCCUAGUUUCAGAAAUAUUUAGACAGCAAUUUAUCUAGGGCAGAAAUGAGUUUUUCUGGUAUUGCAACGGAAAUUGCCUUUGAUUUUCAUGAGAAUCUCGGAAUCUAAAGAAGAUAGAGAAAUUUUUAUAGAAAACUUUUUAUAGAUCUCGAAGUUCUCUAGAAAAAAGGUCAUUAAGGAAUUUCGCUAAUUUUGCUAGAUUUAGAGAUAUACUUGAGUCAGUUAUUGAAAAAAUUGUUUGAUGUGUGUCUUUAAUAAAUUUCGA